AUGCAGCAAAAUCCCUUGGAUCCGGUACACGAAUUUCAUGUUAUCAUUGUCGGCGGAGCCCAUGGGCUACAAAAGUCACAGCAUGGAAUCUCUUAUAUUGUCGUGGACCGUGAAACCGGACCCCGCAAUCGUAACUGGGGCGUCACGAUAAACUGGGCGCAUACGCUUUUAGACGAAAUCCUGCCCCCUAGACUGCGCGCUGAGCUUGCAUCAUGCCAACCAGAUGAGAGCUUGGAUAUCGACGCUGUGGGAAUUGACUAUGCGCUCAUCCGAAACGGCGCAACAGGAGAGCCCAUUGCGACACCCAGAAGUCCCGGUAUGCGUCGUCUUAAUAUCCAAAAGACCAAGCGCAAUUGGGGAGAAGGGCUCGAUAUCCACUACGGCAAAAAGCUCGUCGAUAUCGAGGUACUCGAGUCGGGUGUGAUCGCUCACUUUUCUGAUGGGACUUCUGAGACUGGCACGGUCAUUGUCGGGGCUGAUGGGGCGUCAUCCAGAGUCCGAAAUUGGCUUUUAGGGGAUGAAAAAGGGACGCCAGAGGUCUUACCAUACGCUUUCAUGAACAUCCCCACCACCUACACGGCAGAACAAGCACGAUACUUGGAGUCGAUCAGCAACCCGUUCGUGGACGUCGGGGCGCAUCCAAAGAAUAUGUACAUGGGCUUUUUCCUCCUCGAUAAACCCGAUCACGCCCGUCCCGAAACCUGGGUGUUCUACAUUCUGGCCUCCUGGCGGAUAGGAGACCAAGAGGAUAUUGAAAACUCCCCAAAUCGACUGGAGAGGUUGCGUCGUCGCAUGGAUGGAUGGGCGGAUCCCUUUGCCAGUGCGGUGAGAUGGUUACCUGAUGAUACAAUGAUCGGCGCAGACCAGCUGAAAACCUGGCAACCGCGUGAGAAAUGGGAUAACCGGGGUGGUCGGGUGACUCUUGCCGGUGAUGCGGCGCACACGAUGACCUUUCAUCGAGGUCAGGGGGGGAAUACGGCCAUUCGAGACGCGUUUGAAUAUGUAAAGGCGAUGGUAGAGGUACGGGAUGGAAAGAAGGAACUUCAGCAUGCGGUGGAUGUGUAUGAUACAGAUGUCUUCGAGAGAGGUGAAGAGGUGGAACGAAGUAGACAGGCAAUGAUGGCGUUCGAUGAUUUCGCCAAUUUUACGAAAAGCCCGGUUUUGAAGAUUGGCAUGACACCACAGGGUACACAGUCGGGGAGAGAAUCUUCGUGAGUGUUGCACUCCUGUGUGAGCAUGUAUUCGAUGGACGGACAUCUUCGCGGAUUGCUAUUAUCAUCCUUGAAGAUCUGAACUAGUCAAUCAUGAAGACAGACUGACUGGUUCGUCGUGGGUGGAUGAUUCGAGUACCUGCC